AUGCAGGCUGAAAGUGCUCUACUUUCCCAGGGGAAGGAACUUGCUCAAUCUCAUGAAGAAGUACAGAGGUUGGCUAUAGAAAUAAAGGCAGCGAAUGAAAAGUUGAAUGAGCUCAAGCAGACCAAGGAGGUCCUUGAGGACACUGUUUAUGAGCUGAAGAAGGAUGUUGAGCGCCUUACAGAACAAAACCAGUCCUCUGAGGUGCUUAUACAGAAACUUGGUGACGAGAUAAAUACACUCAAGGAUUCAAAGAAUGAACUUCAAAGUGAAAUACAAAGCCUUAAGAGCAUCAUUUCACAGCUAAACACUGAGAAGAAUGCAGCUGUGCUUCAACACCAGCAAUCUGUGGAGCAGGUUUCGGUACUCGAAUCUCAGCUGUCAAAGCUGCAGUCAGAGCUAGAUGAGACUGAGCAGAAAGUACAGUUGCUGACACAAGAUCUUGAAAAGAAGAAAGAAGAAGCGGACAGUGUCCAUUUCAAGCUGCAAGAUGAAUGCCAUAGGCGUAUGCAAAUUGAAGCAACUCUUCUCAUGACAGAGGGUCUGCAUUCCCAGUUGCAAGAAGAAAUGAGAACGCUGACACAAGAUCUUGAUGGAUCAAAAAAGAAGCUUAGUGAGCUGGAAAAUAAUAAGUUAGACCUGGAGAGCACACUGAAAGAACUGAAGAACACCAUUUUAGGUUUGAACUCGGAGAAGGAUGCAGCACUCCUUCAGCAACAGCAGUCUCUAGAGAAAGUAUCUGAUUUGGAGUUAGAACUCUCAAAGAUGCAGUUGGAAAUGGAGAAGUCUGAACAAAAAAUUCUCUUAUUGGAGCAAGAAAUUGCACGGAAGAAUGAAAGUGUCGACAGCCUGGAGAUAAGUUUGAAAGAUGAAUGUGAGAAGAGGCUACAAGCCCAAACAUCGCUUGUGUCAUUGGAGAAAAUGUAUUCCCAGUCACAGGAAGACGUUAGUACGUUGCAGAUAGAGAUUGAGAAGCAGAAUGGCAAGUUAAAUGAGUUGGAGAACUUGUCAUCUGAACUUAACAACACCAUCCUACUUAUAAACACUGAGAAAGAUGCUACCCUCCAUGACCAUGAGAACCAGCAGUCCUCAGCGAGAAUAUCGGAUCUUGAAUCUGAACUCUUGGCCUUGAAAACUGAACUGGAGAAUGUUGAAGGGAAAGUUCAGAUGAUAUUCUAA